CUCAGCCAGGGAGGGGCCACCGAAACACUUCUUAAGAAGCCACUUCAUGGCAAGGCGACCACAAUCCUGCAGAGAGUAAGAGAGUUGCGCAAGGUUCCACUCGACAUCACCACAACCUUGAGUCAGCAUGAAGACCCCGACCAUCCAGACGGUCCAGGUCUUGUGUCUGAUUGGAUUCUUCGUAGGACCUUUGCAGGUGUCGUGUCUCAAAAAGAUUCCCCUCGACAUGUCCAAGCAUUGCGUGGAUGACCAGUAUAUUAACUGCUAUUACAAGAAGGAGUUCAAGGUGCAGAUGCCAGGAUACAUUCCCGUCCCGAUGAAAUAUAUGUUGAUCUGGAAUGCGGCUAGAUGGCACUGGGCCAAACUUGGACCAAGUGUGGCCAACAUCAAUCCCAUCUACGGCACUGCAGUUGUGGCUUACACAAUCGGUGGAGACCUGUACCGUGAUUUCACCGACGCCGUCCGCACUGCCGGGAAAUCCAAAUAUUCUUACACUCAUUUUCCUUUCAAGGACUACUUCUUCCUCCUAACCAGGUUUGUUCAGGCUAGGAAAAUCAUAGGCAAAUGCUAUGAGGUCUUCCGCGGGGUAAAUGGGAUCCAUUUCAAAGUCCACUCGAAACAGUUUGUCCGCUUCGGGCAGUUCGCUUCCUCGUCUUUGGUCAAAGAGCAGGCCCAAAACUUUGGCCAGGACACCUUCUUCUCCAUCAAGACCUGUCACGGAGUGCCCAUUUAUGACCUCUCGUACUACCCGCACCAAAUGGAAGUUCUCAUCCCGCCGUACGAGACGUUCGUUGUGACCCACCACCAGAAGACCCUAAAGGGGGUCGCCAUCAGAUUGGAGUCCUACGGUGUUUCCAGCCGGUUCAACUGUGAGGCCCUGAGCGGUUACUAAACUCCAACGGGGAGGCUGUUCCUUCUGUGGGGUCUCCUUCGGACCUGGAGCACGCUUGGGCCUCCAAGAAGCCUUGGAAAACCUGGCUAUCGAGGAAGAAGGCGUCCCUAGGAAGGAGUGCGACACACAAAAAAGCCAUUUAUUCGGGAAGGGUGCAGUCUUUCUCUUGGGUGCAAGGAUCAGGGAUUUGGUAUAUAUAUGAUAUGGGAUGGCUGUAUCGGAAAUCAACAAAUCUAGCAAUAAAAAUCUUUGGUAUGCAA